AUGACUCGUUAUUUGAAUGAGAAUGGUGCUGAUAUACAUAUUGCCAAAAUAAAUAAUGAAACGAAUCUUAUUGCAAGUGUUUAUCAUGAACAACUUUACUUUGCUGUUGACCCAAAUUAUGAUAGCCUGUCUUCACUAUUAUUAGCAGCUGAAAAGAGACGAAUUAAUCUCAUCGAUUUUAUUUCUCCACAAUGUUCAUUACUUGAACAAAUUGAAGCGCAAGAAUUACUUGAAAGGGCUUUUACCUGUCGUGAACAUGGUAUUAUUAAUCUACAAAAGUCAUUUGAAUACUUCUAUCGAGCACUUGUACUUCGAUCUCAACAUAAUCUUUCUAAAGUUCUAAGGUUAUCAACCGUCGAUGUAUUCGAUAAUCGAGAAGAAUGUCAGAAAAUCGAUGAGCUAGAAGAAAUUCAACUAAAUGAUGAUUAUAUGUACACUGAAGCAUUACUUGUACGUGAACAUUUGCUUGAAUCAACUAAUGCAAAAUACUGUCGUUCUCUUCGAUUUUCUGGUGCCGUUCUAGCUGAUAAUGCACAGCAUCAUCAAGAGAUUCGUUUUUGA